CAUUAAUUAAUUAAAUUCCAUUUCAAAAUAAAUAAAUAAAAUAAAAUCCAAACAAUAACAUCAUGGCCGAAAUGCAACAAUCCCAUAGAUCGCCGGCCCGCGGCGGCGGCGGCCCGGCCGCCACCACCAUCCUCCGUAGAUUUCAAGAGAACGCGCCGAACUCGACGCAGCUCGUGGGGAUCCUGACGCUGGUCGUGUCCGGCGGGAUUCUCCUCCUCCUCACCGGCCUCACCCUCACCGCCACCGUCCUCGGGUUGAUCAUCUUCGCGCCGUUGAUUAUAAUCUCGAGCCCCGUGUGGGUCCCGGUCGGGGCGGUCCUCGUCGUCGCCGUUGCCGGAUUUCUCUCGGCUUGCGGGUUCGGCAUCGCCGCCGCCGUUAUGGCCUCUUGGCUCUACCGUUACCUGCGCGGGCUCCACCCGCCCGGCUCGGACCGGUUCGACUACGCCCGGAGUCGGCUUGUGGAUACCGCGAACCACGUCAAGGACUACGCCGGCGGGUACCUUCACGGUAAGGCGAAAGACGCGGCUCCUAGCGCGUGAAUCGGGAGUCCGUCCCCGGCCGGAUCCCGCCUUUGUUUUUUUUCUCUAUUUCUGAAUUGAUUAGUUGUUUUAUAAUAUGAUCACCUUUUAAUUUUCAAUGCCAAUGUAUUAAUUUGUUCUGAUAUAGAUUGCUUCUUUGAUAAUCGUUUGGGCAUUUAGAUUUAUCUUUUUGAAAAAAAUUAUAAGUAUCAAAUCAAACUGGACAAACUUU